UAAGUAUAAAUAAAUGCAAUAUGAGCCCGCUCAUUAAUCUCAAGUUCUUGAAACCUUUCCAAACUUUCCAUUCCAAGAAAACAAUCUAUCAUAUCGUAUCAGUACAUUCCUGACGGAACAACCACCAACCACAAGAAAACAAACCAAUCAGACCCUCCGGAAGAAAAAGAAAAUGUUAUCCUUACUCAUCCCCAUAAUAGGUCUCUUCUCCCUCGCCACAAGCCAAUACCAAAACCACACCCUUACAUUCCAAAACCUCUUUCCCUCCACUCGUCUCCUAAUCUUCACUCCCAACCCCAACAGCUACUUCAUCCCAGCGCAAUCCAUAGAGCCUUCUCAGCACCUCACCCUCUCCGUCCCUAAAUGGGCCGGAAAUUUCAAAGCCGUAGAUCCAGAAAUCUACAAUAUGGAUCAUCCAGGCCCCGAACAGUAUAUUUUGGGCGAAGUAUGUUUUGGGUGUUGGGAGGAUAUCACGUUUUUUGAUGUUAGUGCGAUUUGGAAUUGUUGUGAUAAUGAGGGGGUGCAUUGGAUGUGGGGAUUUGAUUAUGAUGAGGAUUAUGAGGGAAGUAGAGAGGGAUAUGGGGAAAGUGAGGUUUCUGGGUGUGAAAAGUUUCCUUGUGGGGCAGUGUAUAAUGAGAGUGAUGAUGUGCAGACGAAGACAACGAUGAAAGAUGCAAUUUGGGUUGUGUUGGGGCCGUAAAUGAAUCGAAGUAUAAGUUUGGUGUGAGAGAUGGAAUCAUCAAACUAGUGAGAGUCUUCGCUGGUAGUAUGCAAUUGGCGGCUUUUGAAUGUCUGGCACUAGUGGGAACAUUCAGACGUCGAAUGCAAGGUGUACCUAGAUGAAAAUUGAGCAGCUGAAGUUCUUCAAUUUGACAGGAGCGAAAAUAAUAGAUCCAGAAGUGAUGGAAGCAACAGCCCUGCGACCACUUCAUAGAUAAUCAUCCACCCAAAGACAAAUCUUCCGUCCAUCUUGACAACAUGUUCAUUGUUUGUUCAUUCAUAAUAAAAUCCAGAGUUGUUGCACCCAAUCCAUAGACAGCAUCAUGUUGUUCUCGACGCAACCAAACAGCCUUCACACUUUCUAUCAUGCGUUCGUCUAGCACCAUGGAAUUUGCAUAUACUUGUGUUGAGAAUUUUCAGACUGUCGUGGUAGCAGGUUCAGUGACAGUCGGCACACCAUCAUCGCCAUCGAGGGCCUGAUCUGCUACAAUGGAAGAUUUCGCAUCU